AUUGUCCUGUUGCGUUUAGUACUAACUCGGUGGUCGAACGGGCGCGAACAAAACUCGGAAUACGGUGGUGAUACGAAAAGAAUCGAUGGUGCUUUCCGCUAGACAUAGAAAGAAUCAGUCAAUUAGUCAUCAAUUAGUGGUGGUGAAAAACUGAUAAUUUUGGGGAUUAGUAUCCCGGCAGGGCGCCAAAUUGAGCAUUUCGACGAGUGCGGCAAUGAGAAGAAGCAGUGAUGCAGUUGAUUGGAUGUCUUGUUCAAAGCUGAAGCUGCUGUGGAUUACUUUGAUAUGGAUCAUUACAGGAGUUCAAGGAUUACCCAAAGUUUUCCGGACUAACGAAAUAUGUGGAGUUUAUAAUGGACAUCGGGUGUAUCUGGAGUUAGGAGAUCGUGGACAGUUACAGGCUACAAAUGUAACAUUCGAAAGAUCUUUGAACCAAACCACACCGAGCGUCUGCACCCUGGAGCUGGUAACCUGUCCAUCGUGUAACUUCAAAAUCUCAUUGAGCUACAGCAACUUCCCGUCCAAGUGUUCCGUUCACAAUGAGCUUCCAUGCCGGUGUAAUUUUCUGGAGUUCUCCGAACCGCCUUUCGACGUGGAACAAUCCGGUCGACGUAACUGCGGCCAUGACGUGGUGUACCAGACGCAAACCCGCUCGGUUCUGAUCCGGUUUAUCUACUGGAGUAACCAUUCGCAUGCGUUUACCCUUGAUUACGUCGCUGAGAGGAAUCGCGAGACACUGCAGGUAAACCCUGGAGCGAUACAUAAUCUGACUGCAGGGGCCCAUACCAAGACCAUUACGACGCCGUACUUCCCCUCCUAUUAUCCGCGGGAUUUUGGCAAGGAGUACGUUUUGAAUUGCAACGUGGAAGCCUGCCGAGUGAAUGUCAUCUUCAGUGACUUUCUACUGGCGAAGACUUCAACGAUGGAGUUCUACGACUGGAAUGGGCAACGACUGCACGCGAUUUCAGGAGCCAGUUUUCGACCUCCGGUGAUUCAGAGUACGGGACCGUCCAUGAUCAUUCGGUUCUAUGCAAACGGCGGUUCUGGGUUAGGUUACAGGGCGAGGGUUUCGUUUUUAACGAUCGAUAGCGCUGCAAAUCCACUGAUGCUACCGGACACUAAUUGUGGUGGUGUGGUUGAAAAUGUAGGAGGGGCCAUCACAAUGAUGAAGAUGGUGCAGGGCGUGGAUGAUGGUCGAAUCUUCGAUUGCAUUUGGUUGGUCAAACCACCGAAUACAUAUGCUCAUUUGAAGACUCACUUGUCUUUGAGGGUCGACACUUUUGAGAAAAUGGGACCGAAUUCGUUGUUGACGGUGGUUCAGGGAACGACCUCUGAUGGCGGAAUUCUGGACGUGAUUAGACCUAAUGCUGGAGGUCAAGAGAAAAGUUAUGUUACGCCGCUGACUUCGGGAUUCUACGUUCAUUUGCGGGCUACAUUCGUUGUGCAGUCCAGAAUGGCAUUGGUUUACGCGGCUUUCAGUUAUCUAGAUUGUUACAUGGGAUCUGAAUUCUUGUGUCAAAACAGGAAGUGUAUUCCGGUUCAGUUACAUUGCGAUGGAUUUGACCAUUGUGGAGAUGGUAGUGAUGAACCGACUAGCUGUGAAGCCCAAUGGGAAACGGAACGUAUUGAUCGACGGUGGUAUUCACACACGCCGAAUUAUUACUUUCCAAAGAUGGAUCGUUAUCCGGAUCUUCGCACUGCUACUCUUAUAUUUAUCGCAAGUGCUUUUGGACUGGUUAUGUUGAUUUCGGUGUUCAUCAUUCUAUUGUAUCGUACCGGAAAUCGUGCUAGACAGCAACGCGAAUUACAGAGUCAGCUUCAAACAAUCAGUGAGUUGUUGGAUAAUAACGGUCCAAGGGGUCCCGAAGAUGUGGACGAGCCUCCGAUGUAUGAAGCUCCGCCAGAUUAUGAUGAAAUAAAUAAGGUUGGAAUGGAUGACGACAUUAACAGAAAGCGUAGGCGCCACUCAUCUUCCGCUUCAGGACGUCGAAGUCGUAUGAGGCGAUCCCGACGUCCGAGUAAUGUGUCGGAGAGUAACAAUCCGAUUUUAGAAGUUCGUCUGCCUCCUGAAAUGGACAGCGAUAGGCCAUCUACAAGUGCAACGCAUCUACAGGUUCCGUAUGCUUUAGAUGACGGUCAACACGUCUCUGAUUACGAAGACGAUGACUUGCAUGAACCUCGUUGGGACCAAUCAGAACCAGACUUCUUCAUGUCGUCCCGUAUAGUAGAAGCUCCAGCGUCGACUUCGACGAGCCAGAGUCACAGCGUUGGCUGUCAAACAACAUCAGGAUCAGAUCCGUCCGGCAACUCUUCGAGCCCACCGCCGACGUACGAUGAUUCGCAGUACUUCCGCGAUAACAGGUUGCACGAAAACCAGGCUGCAUCACAUUCGGCAUCCGAUUCGGACAACUUCUCGCGAGGCUUCGCUGAGGAACCUCCUAAUGUCACGCUAUCUUUGAACGAAACUCCGCAGCAAUCUACCGAUCCACUACAUGGUAGUUCAGUACUGACACCGAUCGCAACAACAUCUUCGUCCACCUCAAUUCCUAAGCCUCAGCAUAUAUGGAGUCAAAGUACUCGUAUCCAGCGCCCUUGGUUGGCAUUCAGUGGAGAUGACGGUAACACCGCUGGCUUUGUACCGACUGUAAAAACUCCUCCAAAUGACUUUAGCAGUCAGCAAAUAUUCAGCUCUACUGAUGCCACCCAAAUUCAUGAAAUUGAUGCAUACCUUUUAGCUUACGGAUCUAUAUCAAACGAGGAACUAGGAUCUUCGGGAGUUGUGAGCAGUACUAAUGAUACAUGUUCUAAUACCACCGGUUGCUCUCACCUUCAAUCGACUUGCUCUUUCACGAGAAACUCCUGCGCAUGUUCAUCGAUUGGUUCGAAUGCUCGCAGCAUUGCAUCCAACUACGACUACAUUGCCCAGAAUUGUCCCUGCUGCAGGGAAUCCCAGAGCUUCCGCAGCUCGUUGUGCCCGAAAUGCAAACCUUCUAGGGCACCAACAGUUCCAGCGAAUCUCUGUUCCUCAUGCGGAGGAAAAAUCUCCCUUCAGGAAAGUCCGAACUCUAGCGGAGGUUCAGUGCAACCAGCGCCGGCUACAACCGUACCGGGAACGGCUAUCCGGUUGUGCAACUGUUUCCCAAAGUUCCCCUCACAACCUAGUGUGGUGACUCGCAGCGGAUCGGCUAAUGUGAUAAACCCUACUUCAGGGGUGCCAGUUCGACCGAUGUCGGUGGAUCAGAUCGAAGCAACCUGUGCUCGUCGCAGUGUUGCCAGUCUGACGAGCAACUUUGAGGCGUUCUUCAACUCGCACCUCGGAAUCCCAGGCGCGCCAAUGAGACCUUGAUCGGUAGAUUGUGGAUAGAUAUUUGUUGUAAAAAUGUGGAAUUUCGGAUCUAUCGAAUUGAAAUAAAUGUGAUUAACUAGUUCAAGUAUGGCCAAAUUGCGUUUUUUUGUUUCUAUUUAGUUCUACAUUUGCUCUUAUUAUAAAUAUUUUACUUUUUUCGUAGUUUAAUUUUUCAUCAAUGUAAUUUAAGUUUGCUAUUUCCAGCUAUAGUCAUCUUUAUAGUAAAUAACAAAAAUAUUUCUCAUCUAGGGAAAACCUUACUUACUAAAUAUCUUUGUGGCUUUUUUCUUGUUGUUCGCUAAUGGUAUAGGAAAAUAAGCAAAUCACCGUUUUUUCAAUCAUUUUAUUUUGCUGUUUUUCUUCAAUAUUCAAAGCUACGAGUUUCACCUAAUUUUACAUUCACUAGCAUUGUUUGAUUUGGUUGUGCUACUAGAGUAUGAUUUAUUUCAUGUUAUACUUAAGUUUGGUAAGGUUAAGUUGUUUUUACAGAGAUUUUGUUCUUGGAAUGGGAAAGGUACACAUUUUGGCUGCAAUGAUACCGGGGUUUGACUUGAUAAUGUUGUAUAUAAUGAAAGAUCGCCAAAUUUGAUUUUUUGCGAAUUAUGUCGUCAGACAAUAAACUUUGGAAAAUAAUUCUGAGAAAUCAAAAAAAAAAAAAAUAAAACUUUAAUGACGUCAUGUUUUGAUGUCCAAAUUUUGAUAUUCAUCAGUAUGUAUUUUGUGAAUUUUGUUA